AUGUUCAGUCAGUUUCUGGUGAAGCUACCUCAACAAACCUCCACCACUUCUCAUCUCCACCUUCUCUCCCCACCCAAAUUCCGAUCUCGGCUUCCACAUCAGUCGCUCACAACAGUUCCCCAACCGCCAGCGCCACCGUCGCCGGAAGACGCCGCCGUAGCAAAACUCGCCCUCGAAUCAGACCCCGGAACCCUCGCCGAAGCCCUAGAAAAUUCCCCAUUCCGAUGGACCCCAGAGCUCGUCGACGAGGUCCUGAAGCGCCUAUGGAACCACGGCCCCAAAGCCCUCCAAUUCUUCAAGCACCUCGACCGCCACCCCACCUACAUCCACUCCCCGUCGGGCUUCGAACACGCCAUCGACAUCGCUGCCCGCAUGCGCGACUACACCACCGCCUGGACCCUCGUCAGCCGCAUGCGCUCCCUCCGUCGCGGCCCUACCCCGCGAGCAUUCGCCAUCCUCGCCGAGAGGUACGCCGCCGCCGGGAAACCCCACCGUGCCGUGAGGGUUUUCAUUUCAAUGCACGAGCACGGUUGCCGCCAGGAUCUGAACUCGUUUAACACCAUCCUUGACGUUCUCUGUAAGACGAAACGUGUGGAAAUGGCUCAUAGCUUGUUCAAAACGUUUAGGGGUAGGUUUAGGUGUGAUAGUGUGAGUUAUAAUAUCAUUGCUAAUGGUUGGUGCUUGAUUAAGCGAACGCCGAUGGCUUUGCAAGUGUUGAAGGAGAUGGCGGAGAGGGGGAUUUCGCCGACGAUGGUUACUUAUAACACGCUGCUGAAAGGGUAUUUUCGGUGUCAUCAGCUCAGGGAAGCUUGGGAGUUCUUUUUGGAAAUGAAGAAGAGGAAGUGUGAGAUUGAUGUUGUUACUUACACUACCAUGGUUCACGGGUUUGGUGUUGCGGGGGAGGUUAAGAAAUCGAAGAGGGUUUUUGAUGAGAUGGUUAGAGCGGGUUUGGUUCCUUCGGUUGCUACUUACAAUGCUUUGAUUCAGGUUUUGUGCAAGAAGGACUGUGUUCAGAAUGCGUUGUUGGUUUUCGAAGAGAUGGUGGGGAAGGGGUGUGUGCCUAAUUUGAAUACCUACAAUGUUGUUAUCAGAGGUUUGUGUCAUUCUGGUGACAUGGAGAGGGCAGUGGAGUAUAUGGGGAGGAUGGAGAAACAUGGUAUCAGGCCUAGUGUUCAGACUUACAAUGUGGUGAUUCGUUAUUUUUGUGAUGCUGGGGAGAUUGAGAAGGGUUUGAGCAUGUUUGAGAAGAUGGGGGAUGGUUCGUGUUCGUGCUUGCCCAAUUUGGACACGUACAAUGUUCUGAUCAGUGCAAUGUUUGUAAGGAAGAAAUCAGAAGAUUUGGUGGUGGCUGGGAAGUUGUUGAUUGAGAUGGUGGAUAGAGGGUUCCUACCGAGGAAAUUCACUUUUAAUCGGGUGUUGAAUGGGCUUGCUCUGACUGGCAAUCAAGAGUUUGCAAAGGAGAUAUUAAGAAUGCAGAGCAGGUGCGGCCGUGCUCUUCGACAUUUGAAAUUGUGAAAACAGCUUUUAGUCUUGCUGGAUUUCGUUCAUGACACAUGUGUUUCUGUGAGCUUCCCCUGCAUUACCGAGAAUUAUGAACUGGUUUUAGGCUCUGCUAGAGAAUGGAAAUCGUGUUUUGUUACUAGAAAAAUGAAAAUUUGAGAACUUUUGAGUGACAAAAGUUGCAGGGUAUUUCAAGAAAGAAGUAUGGAUCAACUUCUGUUUCAUCAAAACCAAUUUGGCACUCAGAAGCUACUCGUGGAAGUUUAUUCUUAAAAUUGAUUUGGAUUCAAAAUUGCUGCCUAUAUGUUAGAGAUGAACCUAGAAGUCAAUUUUUUGGCACAUAUGGCUUGACAUAUGGUCAUGCAGGAUGCAGCUAAAUAACCUAGAGUUGAGAACUCCCUGAUUCAUUGCUGUUAAAUGAUAAAGUGCCGUGGUUUGUGCAAGCUCUAAGAGUUUAACUUAGUUGAAGCUUCAAUCAUCUUACUUUCUACUUAUUUUUGGCACUCCAAGCCAGUUCUUCUGAUUGUUUUCAAAUUCUUCUGAAUGACUUCCUUUUUCAAGACAAGUGCGUGUUUGAAUAUUAGCUGAGUGUAACGUGAACAAACUUUCAUUACAAUUUAUAAAUAUGUUCACUUAUUUA